AUGGAGCUGAGGCAUCCGCAGAAGGCAGCCAUUCGCCGCUUGACACCCCGUCUCGGGUUCUUCGAGGACCCCGACAACCCGCCGUGGCCCAGGCAAGCGCAGGCGGCUUGUGAGCACCUCAUGGCGAUGUGCCCCAUGGUCUCCACUGUCUACCGGGGCCGCAAUUAUCUUCAGUGCUUCGCGCUCUUUUCGGAAGACGUGCGCCUUGACCGGAUCCUGGCCACGUCGCAGCCCGUUCCAACUGGGCGAUCAGCGCAGCCGAUAUACGACGAUUUACGGCAAACGUACCGUGCGUACCACCCCUCUGGCCUGCUGCCAGACCUGUCCGCCAGAUCUGCAGUAGAAUUCCCACAUGUCUUGGCCUCCGGCCCACCGGCCCCAGGUCACUUCGCAGUCGACCCGUUUGACACUUCAACAUUGCACACAAUCAGCACGGAAUACCUCCCUGGGUUACGCCGGUACCGCAGACUCGUCCGGGUUGAUCAGCCAGCUUCGUCCGAGAUCAGUCGCCCGGUACCGAUUGGAUUCAUCCACUGCGAGCGUGAUGGCGCACCGGGCGGGCUGCACCAGUACCCCGAGAUUCACGGCGCAUUCUUCCUUUGCCAGGUCACGCAAUCCACAUGGCACGACGGCAGCGCAGCAACGCCAGACUACCAACAGCAAUCGCCGCGAGACAAUAUCUUAGCGCAGUCUCACACCGCUGAAGGACGACGUUUGACGACCUACCACGUCAAGUCUACAAGCCAGGGCCUCGUUCACAAAAGCCUCCUCACACCAGACGACCGAAAUAGGGAAUCAGGAAGUGAUCCGUCGCCACUGUCCACCAUGUGUCUCUCUAGCGACUGCAAGCGGAAGGCGGCAGCACGGACGGGAGGCACGCCGCACGAGGACGGUACCCCAUACUGGCAUGAUACAGAAUCUGAAGGAGGUUCUGAUUUUGCCUCCAGCAUGCAUACCAAAGUGUUAGAUCGCGCCGGUUCCUAUGCUGAUAUACUUCCGUCUCCACAAUACGAACGCGAACCCGAAAACGGGACAGGAAGCAUCAACAACGCGACUCGUCAACUCACUUUACCCAACUGGGCAACGCUCAUCAGCAUUGGAAUCAACCCCAACAGUCCAAUUUUACGUACCGCCCUUCACGCAGCCAAGCAGACGCAGCAGAGCAACGCAAGAAACGCACCGUCCGUAAACUACACCCAGCCCAGCCAAGUCCACCACGUCCAACUCGGCCCUGCAACCCGCACCGCACCCGCUCUGCUCUCAGUGCUGUGCGUCAGCCUGAGCCUGAAAACCCCGGCUCUUGCACCGGCCCCUCUCAAUCACUCCCAGGACGGGCUAUCACGAGCUCCGAUGAUGACCCGGACACUCGCCGCCAAGGGUAUUACUCUAUCUGGCUUAGCGCCUCCGUCUCAGGUUGCCGCCCUUCGGCAGAAGCUCCCCACUGUUGACAACGGAUGGUGA